GAUGAUUGCGGAUGAAAAUGAUUGAUAGAAUUACGGAUAGAAUCAGACGAAAUGUGAUUAUUUCGGCAUUGGAAAAUGUUGUUGGAUGACUUGAACGAAGGAUGGGUUCCUCUGGGAAAGAUGACAGCUUUGUGAGCAUAAGUCUUGAUGAGAAGGAGUGUGAAAUCUGCUUACAAGACACGGGGCAAGAACUCAUGACCUGCGAUGUCUGUGCCAGGUACCUGACCAGUGGUCCUGUGCAGGAGGGGUUCAACGAGCUCCCUGAGUUGAUCCACACAGACACAUUGGCACACGCCUCGUGCUUCAGGAAGUUCCACAAGUUGGCCCGACGACUGAGCCGCUCUGCCAUGAAGCUGCAGAGCAAAUCGCAGACGGACAAUAUAAGGACUACUCAGUGGCUGAACUUCAAAAGUAACAACCUCGGCAACGAACUUCUCCUGGAGAACAUUCGUAACCACAUGAGUAAGAGCAAUCCUGGCUCACGCAGCGGUAGUCCUCAGUUCUCCGGCGCGAGUCAGAUCGGGAAGCUGAGAGAUGCCGAGAGAUGCAGGAGCGAGCCUCUCCUCGACUCGUCCAUCCACGAGCUGCGCCGGAGCUACACCAAGUACUUGUUUGGAAAGCACGAAGGAGACGGCAAACAAAACUUGAAAGUGCCUGAGCAGCGACCGCGUCCCAUCCAUCCUAUCAGAGAUGGAUCGUGUGGUCCAAGCAACGAAGUGCCUGCAACUAGAUUAACUGAUAAUGAUAGCAAGAAAUCGCCAGAUAGUUCUCUCAGCCAAACUUCUUGCAAACUUGAAAGUAGCCCAUAUAAAUCUUGCCACAGUAAUCCUGAUCAGUAUUUAACAAAGAUGCGUACUUUGUCCCUAAAAGACCAAGAACACCAUGGACAUAACACGGAAGAAUAUCAAGAAACUAAGGCUGAAAGCUGCAGUGAUGCAAAUGACUCCAGAACUUUGAAUGGCCAUACAAAAACAACGUUCGGUGCUGCAGAAAGAGACAUUGACAGUAGUCAUGGUAACAAGGAGAUGAAUUUGAAGGAGAGGAUAGAGGACGAUGUUCGUCCAUAUGAUAAUAGAGAAUUAUGGAGAGAUGUCAGACACCUCAACAAAGAGUCCUUACCAGGGAUGACAGUGCCUGAACUGAAGAGUCACGUUGAGAUGCUGCAGAGUGCAGUCAAUGAUGCAUGUUCCCAGCUUGUGCAGCAUCUCCAGGAGAAAGAUGUUCUGAGCAGCGAGGUGGCAUCGCGUCAUGUGACCAUCAAGAAACUGGUCGAACGACAGACGACUCUCCACCACUAGCCCCAGAUGA